UAAAAAUGAAAACAGAUUUUGACUUCAAUUUCAAAAGAUAGAAGAAGAAGAAUAAGAGGAGAAAGAUAAUGCUACAGUCCUCUGAACUACAGCUUUUCCAGACCUUUAAUGGCCUCCAACACAUUGCUAAAACCCAUCAGUUCAAGGCAUGGUUUUUAGAUCAAUUUGGAGUACUUCAUGAUGGAAAACAACCUUAUCCUGGUGCAAUUUCAACAUUGCAAAAGCUAGCUACUACCGGUGCCAGAAUGGUGAUUAUAAGUAAUUCUUCGCGGCGUGCAUCUACAACAAUGGAGAAAAUGAAGAGUCUUGGAUUUGAUACUUCUUUAUUUCUCGGAGCAAUUACCAGUGGAGAAUUAACACAUCAAUAUUUGCAGAGGAGAGAUGAUGAUUGGUUUGCAGCAUUAGGAAAAUCUUGCAUUCACAUGACUUGGAAGGGCAGAGGUGCCAUAUCUCUUGAGGGCUUAGGCUUACAAGUUGUUGACAAGGUUGAAGAAGCUGAGUUUGUUUUGGCUCAUGGCACUGAAGCAUUGGGGCUGUCUUCUGGUGCUUCCUGCCCUAUGACUCUUGAGGAGCUUGAGAAUGUAUUGGAACGUUGUGCUGCUAAACAAAUUCCUAUGGUAGUAGCCAAUCCAGACUUUGUAACUGUUGAAGCUAGAGACUUGCGAGUCAUGCCUGGUACAUUGGCUGCCAAGUAUGAGAAGCUUGGUGGUGAAGUGAAAUGGAUGGGCAAGCCAGAUAAGAUAAUCUAUAAAUCUGCUAUGGAAUUGGCUGGGGUUGAUGCUUUUGAUUCUAUAGCUGUGGGUGAUUCUCUUCACCAUGAUAUCAAAGGUGCAAAUGCUGUUGGGAUCCGGUCAGCAUUUAUAACAGGUGGGAUUCAUGCAACUGAACUUGGAGUCAAUAGUUUUGGAGAAGAAGCAGCUUUAUCUUCUGUGCAGGCCCUUGCAUCCAAAUAUGAUGCAUACCCAUCAUUUGUUUUACCAUCAUUUACAUGGUAGAAACUCAUGCUGGUAAACAUAUCUCAUUUGCUAUCUUUAAUUUUUGGAUGUUUGUCCCGUUUAAUGAAGCUAUCUAUUUGCAAGUCAAGCAUUGAAAAAUUAUCAAUGAGCAAGCAAUUAAGUUGUCUAUUUUACACUAUUAUAAUAUGUUUAUCUUUUCUUGGUUCUGCUUCAUU